CCCGCUUCCCGGGAAUCACGCGCCAUUGAAGAGAGGGGGUGAUACGGUGUAGUGCACGCGCUUUGGCUCCGCUGCGUGCACGCUCGGGGUCGGUCGAUGCGAGCACAGACACUGGCGUGGCUCUCGGCCUCCAUUUGCCAGUUUGCGUUUAUGUUCGAGGGAUUCACCGAGGCCCUUCACACGGUGACGGCGACGUGCAACAGUUGAGAGUUUUACCGUGAACGUUAUUAAUACACCGGUCGAACCGACGGCGUAAAGGUAUCUAAUGAAGUGGGACGAGCACAGCAGUUGGUGAUGCCUGCUACAGACCCCGAUCUCACAUCCAUGAAGGACCCACAUGCAAUGGAGGAUAUGGAGAGGAGCUUCAGUGAUAUCUUCUCCUUGGGUCCUCCACCUACUGUCCCCUCCUCAGCUCCACCUUUUCCAACCACUGUGAGACUGAGUCUCAGUAAUGAGACAGUGAUGGAGAACAAAGCUGUCUCCAUGGCGAGUAAUGACUGCAGCUCGGCUCUCUCUUCACCUGCUGAAGCUAGUCCAGCUAAGCCUGCUGUAUCAUCACCUACUACCUUAGAAGGGAUUGUUGAAACAAGCCCAGCUACCUCACAGAUAGCAUCAGCUUCAGACUCUCUAACAUACACAGGGACAAGCCUUGUCAACUUAUCAGAAUCAUUACCAUUGUUGUCUGAGUCGCCAUCGACCACAUUUGGCACUUCAGACCUGGAAGGUGACUUUCCUGCUUUGCUGACCUUCAAAGGUGUCAGUGUCACUCUGGAGAAUAACACCAUGUGGAAGCAGUUUAACCACUGUGGAACUGAGAUGAUUCUCACUAAACCAGGUCGCCGGAUGUUCCCAUGCUGUCGAUAUCGCCUGACUGGUCUAGAUCCUGAGCGCCUUUACACCCUAGUCCUGUCCAUAGUUCCAUCGGACCUCUACAAGUACCGCUGGAACUCAACCAAAUGGGAGGUCACUGGACCUGCAGAAAACCAGUCCCAAGGUCUGAUCCGGGCAUUUUGCCAUCAUUACUCACCCUGUCGCGGUUCGGAUUGGAUGAGCGGGCUAGUGUCUUUUUACAAACUCAAACUGACCAAUAAUUCCCAAGAUCAGGAGGGUCAUAUAAUCCUACACUCCAUGCAUCGCUACAUUCCUAGACUACAUGUGUUGCCAGUCCCAGAAGGGGAUGUACCCACACCUGACAAACCAGUGGUUAUGGGACCAGAAAGCAUGACCUUUACAUUUCCGCAAACUGAAUUUAUGGCUGUGACAACUUACCAGAACUUUCGGAUCACACAGCUGAAAAUUAACCAUAAUCCAUUCGCAAAGGGCUUCAGAGAGGACGGGCACAACCCCCGCCUGAACAGAAUCACUACAGAGACUCAAACUGUGAAGACUGACACUCAUCCUCCUGUUUUAAAACCUGCUGAAACCAGUGAAAGCAAAGUGGAAGUUGUGGAUCUUAGCACUAAGACGCAAAAGGCUUCUGCUUCUCUCCCAAAUGAAAAAGACACCAGACUGGUCCUGAAGCCCAUCAUGUUUACCCCUUCCAGCAAGGAUGAUUAUGCCCGAAUUGGAAGAGGCAGACAUGGCCUCGCUGAGCUUGUGCUAGUCCAAAAAAGUCCACAUGCAGAACCCAAGGAGAAAAAACACAGCAUUAGUGUAAUCCCUAACACACAGAAAAGCACCAAAGUAACCCCCAAAAAAGCACCCUUGACUCCCACAUCGGCAACGUCCACCCCGGGAUCAUCACCUGGGUACCGCAAGAGGAGGAAAAAGAACAACAGACGCUGGGCUAAUUCCCGGGGAAAAGAGUGGAAAGCUACGGCUGCCUCCCCCACGGUAGUCCACAGCCCAUCAUUGACUGUCGCUAUGCAACCAGAGCUCGAUGAUGUAGAGGGCCUGCUGUUUGUGUCAUUUACUUCAAAGGAAGCCCUUGAAAUUCAUGUCGGGGACAAGCCAGCCAAUCCCUCCUCAUCAGUCUCUCCGGUUCCCUUAUCAACAACAACUCCGACACAGUUGAGGCAAGAGACUGAUGAAGACAAGAUGGCCCGCUUGGAGGCGAUCCUGCUGCAGGACCUCAGAGUUCUCAAACACAGACAGGUCAUCCAUCCUGUGCUCAAGGAGGUGGGCUUGAAGUUGAGCUCCCUAGACCCCACUAAGUCCAUUGACUUGCAUUAUCUGGGGGUUCAACUGCCACUUCCUCCCCCAACCCUACCAGAGCAAGACAAUGACGCUGACAAUGAGGGAUUACUCUUCAUGUCCCGGACAGGAAAGACAAGUGACAUGACGAAAAUAAAGGGAUGGAGAAACAAGUUUAUUAGAAGCAAAGAAACAUCUCCUUCUUGCAGUGAUGGAUCACAAAAGAACCUAUCUGCCUUCUGCAGCAACAUGUUGGAUGAGUACUUGGAGAGCGAAGCUCAGCGAAUCAGUGAACGUGCUGCUGCCUUCUCCACAAACCCUGAGGGCUCUGUGGCCUAUCAGCUGCCUGCUAAAAGCUCCAGCUAUGUGAAAACCCUAGACAGCGCACUCAAGCAUCGAAACGCUGCCUCUAAAGGCCCAGUGGGCACCAACAGGCCAUGUCCCCUUUCCCACAAACCCCUCCUCUACUCUGCCCUGACAUCACCAGCUCCUCCCCUGGCCAAACCUGCAACGCCUGUCCAAGCAAGACCCCAGUCCAUACAGCGGUCUACACCUUCACAUUCACCACCUGGACCUGUGCCGGUUGUCGGUGCAAAAGCUAGUUCUCAUUCACAGGGAUUACCUACAUGCCAACCAGAGGUCAACCAGAAACUAGCGGUGACCUAUGGGCAGAGCCAAGGGGCAACACACAGAACUUCAGGCCUCACCAAGAGCCAGCUCAAACUGUUUCAGAUGGAGAUUGGAGCCCUGAACGAGGGCCUGGACAGAACACAGCUGACUGCAGACAGACUAUCAUAUGCUCUGUCUGUAAUGCUGACAAAACAGACGCUGUCCAGUCAGCUUCCGAAGGCACCUCGGUAUCCAAAGUACAAAGCUGCUGAAACUGAAUGUGGCCAGGAGUUCUGCAGACUGGGCUGCGUUUGUUCCGGUCUCCACAAUUCCAAUAGAGGCUCUCUUCACUGCCGCCAGCCUGAAUGCAUGUUUGGCUGUGCCUGCUUAAAGCACAAAAACACCAAGCAGGCGAGUGAAGGAGGCAUCCAUCCUGUUAACUCUAAUAUGGAGUUUGAGGUCAAGCCUCGAACAGGCUCCCAUCCUAAUAAACUGUGGAAUUGCAACAUUCUUGAUGUGGAUCCAGAGCCGAUCUUCACCCCCAAAAGUGCUCCUGUGCAACCAUUACCUGUGAAGCAUGUUAAACGCAGUGCACUUUAUUCAGCUCAAGUGCAGAUCCGAGAGGAGGAUAAGGAUCCAGUGUACAAAUACUUGGAGAGCAAGUUAACAUGUGCACGUGUGAGAGAGUUCAACAGCAAGCCUCCUCCUGAACUCAAGAUCCCUGAUCCACCAAACACCACAACAAAGACGAAGAAGACAACUGACAAGCAGCCGAAAACAUACUACAGAUCCAUAAUGACUGUUGAAAAAGCAGGGAAGCCAGCAUCAAAUGAAACACAAGCGAGGAAACAAAUAGAGAUCCAGUCAGCAUGUCAGUGGGACAAGGACCGGAAAAUGGUCCUGGAAGCUUUAUGUCGACGCAUGAAUCAGAAUAGAUUGUCUCAGCGUUUCUACAUAGGCCCUUACCACAUCCGCCUCAUCACCAAGAUCUUCAUGCAGAAGCCCAGUGGCUCCAUUGUCACCUACAGGGUACACAUCAGUAAACCGGAAAAGGUCAGUGAUAAUGACGAGGACGAAAUUGAUGCCAGUGAUGAAGAGAAUGGCAAUAAAAGCUUCCAUGGGGACAUGGAUGCAGAUGAGGAAGACUGCCAAAUGUACGAACAAGAGAUGCAGAUUGGAGUCACACCAUUUCUGAGUGGAGUUUUACCUGCUGGGAGACUGAGAGCCAGGACCAAACCUGCUGGUUGCAAAGUAUCUGGACUUAUACAGGUGAAUGGAAAAUCCUACAAUCAGGCCAGGCUGUUACUCGGAGGCAUAGGAUCUCUUCAUCCAGCCAACCGCCUUGCAGCAUACGUCACAGGUCGACUUCACGUUCCCAGCGACAUUUCUAGCAAAAUCCCUCAGAAACCAGGUUCUGCACACAACACUUCCGGUACUCUGAACAUAAAGACCGCUGGCACAACAGUCCCUCCGAUUAUUACUGCAAGGAAAACCACUGAUCUUAAGACGCUGACACAACCAGCAGUUCAAUUAUUACAGCCAGACUCUUGGAAAAAGGGAUCCAUAAUCAAUCCUCAGCAUUUGCAAAACUCCUCAACCGUCAACCCUGUCCAGAUGUUUGCAUCAGGCCAAAAGAGCACCGUCAACCCCUUCCAGAACAGCUCUACAUCCUCGCCUGUAUCUCUUACUGUGUCCCCCUCUCUGAAAACCCCCAGCUUCUUGGCACAGAGUGGGACCUACUCAUUCAGGAUUUGCCCUCCAGCCAACCAGAGCACGAGAAGCCAGAACCUACCUGGGGUUAUCCUACCUGGGGGCUUCACUCUCAUUCAGCUCCCAAAGCCCGGAGCUGAUGGAGCUUCAACACAACAGUCAGAGGCUGGAAACACUACAACCAUGGAUAGCAUUGGUAAAACUCAGCCACAAAAGGAUUCUUUGUUUACUUUUGACCACUCAAAAAUCAAGAAUUGGCUUGGUAUGGACACCCCUAAUGGCGCUAAGGAUCCAUCAAGUGGCAGAUCAGCAGAGCCUGGAGCAGCUCCUGAGCUGAGGUGUGAUGAGAGGAGGCCAUCAACAUCAUCAGAUCAAGCCAACAGCAGGCUGAUAGCGAGUGACGUUGACUCAAGCAUAGAUAGUGCUUCUGAAGACCUAAGCUCUGACUCGUCAGAUGACAGUGAAGAGAGUGAUGAAAAUGAUGAAGCAGUGGACAUUGAGACAGUAGAAGAAGGGAGACACAGCAUGGCCAUCACCAAUAUGAACCAAGUUGCCAGCAAGGCACUACCAAAGUCACGAUGUUCCACUGGUGAUUCAGGAUCAGCAAGGACACGGAGCAAACAGAAUCAAACAGACAGUGAAGAUAUCAUGUGUGGUUGCAAAAAGAAGCGGAAGAACCACAUUGUGAUUGAAAGGCAAAGACGCUCUGAACAGCGGCUCCUCUUCGAUAAACUCCAGGUUAUCCUUGAGAGUGACCCCAAAACCCCCAGGCUGCGCCUUCUCACACUGACUCUAAAAGAAAUCCAGACACUGGAUGAGAACUCAAAACAUCUGGAGGAGGAACGGAAGAAGCAGAAUGAGAUGCAAGCCAUUUAUAUGAAAAAGCUUUCUCUCUUGUCUGGGAAGUCGGAGCAGCUGAUUAAACAGAAGGUGAAUGAGAUUUGUGAGAGGCAGAAAGCGAGAGAGAGGGCAAUGAAAAUGACGCCCUUUUCCCAUCUACUCCAGACCAGAGCUGCUUUUCUACAAGCCACCGCUUCCCAACCCGAGACCCAGCCCACACCCUUGUUACAGCCAGACAUGUACACAUUUCCAUUUCAGCCACACCUGCACACGACGCCACUCCAAAACAGUGUACACCCAGGGAUGUCCCUGCUUCACCCCAACCUACACAAAGCUCCAAUCCAAUGCAGCGUUCCCGGAUCAAAUUCCCAGGCUGAAUCAUCUCCGGCUCAGACUGAGGACACCGCACCCCCACUGCAGACAGAGAAGGAGCCGGGUGAACAUGUGACCUCAGCUCAAGUCACUCAACAUCAGUCACAGUUGGAGAACCAUCAGGAAGCACCUCCAGACCCAGCCCAGGUCACCACACCCAAUACUCCAAUGGAGUGCCAGCCUCAAGCUCAUUCAGUCACAGCUACACCUCAGGUCACUGCAGACAAGGAUGGAGCCUCGCCCAUAUCCUCAACAACAAAGUCAAAAGAAAACCCUGUUCAUCUUCCACAACCCCUUUCUCUUCCUCUGAUCCGCUCCAAGACUGGCAGGAUUAUACUCCCCUCAUCUUUGAAACCUACUGGUACUGGCUUCUAUACACUCAUGGUCAUGCAAGCCAAGCAGAAGGGAGAGGAUGACGAUGUCAGCACUGAUGUGGACUCAUCCAAGAAUCAAGAACGAACCCUAUCUGAGUCUGAGCACCUUUCAGAUACAGAGAGCAGCUGCACUUUGGAGGAAGACAAAACUGUACAGUCCUCAAACUUUGAAUCAAAGCAUCCUGCUACAACAACCCCCCUGUCUGAGCUUGCCCUCCUUAACAAAUCAUUUUUUGUGUCGUCAAUGGCUCUGCAACCUGUGGAAAACCCAGAGGGGGGCACAGUGGCGGGUUUGAACAAAACACUGGCGACUGCUUGUUUGAGUUUCAACCCUUUGAAGCAUGUUCCUUUUUAUGCUGAGCCCAAAUUUGAUUCUAUACCUCCUGUAAUGGGACGUCGUAGAGGCAGACCGCCAAGGAACCCCAAUACCUCUGUUAGUGAAGGUGAAAAAAAGGUUAAAAAGAAAAGGGAACCCCCUAUUCUGUUUGAAGAGACCAGUCAAAACAGCAAUGAAAGUGAAAAGAUGACUUUGGAAAUGACAAAGACACAAGCUGAGUACAGCCCAGGAGUGGUCGGUGAUAACCCUGUGGUAGUCAAACGGGGAAGAGGGAGGCCUCCGAAGAGUAAGCUGGCACAAUCGUUGAGUCCUCAGGUUAUGCAAGCAGAAGGAAGUCUAUCUAAAUCCAGUGAGGACAGCCCUUUCAGAAUCACCCACAAUUUUAAACGCCCUGAAACCAAAUCCAAGGAAAGCCCUGAAGCAGACGCCUUCCCUGGGGAUGUCAGCAAAUCACGGCCAUUAACCCGAGGCGCUUUAGGAAAGGACUUCCCCAGUGCCAAGAAACGGUCCUGGAUAGACGUAGAGAAGGAACUGGAACCUGAGCUGGGGUCCAAAUAAUCAUCUUAUCUUGCCAUCACUAUAAAAGCCAAUGCACACAUUUUAGUCAUCUGACCUCAGUUAGUCUCACACUGAAACCUCACACCUCCUUUUUAGGCAGCAUUAUCUUA